AUGAAAGCGGAAUUCCCGAAAGUGGAACAUAUCCUCAUAGUUGGAAUAGUAGGAGGAAUGCCGUACUACGGUCUCGACAAGCGCCAAAUUAAACUCGGAGACGUUGUCGUUGACUACCCAGAGGUAAUUAAGUUGGCCAUGCGUCAUCGCCAGGCUAGCAGCCGGCGUGCGAAGCGCAGCGGGCCUGAAGCCGAAUAUCGCGUGCCCGAGGCUUUGCAGGCCGCGGUGGAUAAUCUCCGAACUACACAAGAUGUGUUUGGGACAAAGAUCCCGGAGAUCCUAGCUCAAUUACGCAAGGUGCUUCCGGAUACGAUCGAACCCUUGAUAGCAUCCACAAUGAGAAGGGAACCCGGAGCCUUCUACACAUCCUGGCUGCAGCAGUACGCCCACUGA